CGGGGACGGAGCAUUUCUGUUUUCAUUGCGACCCGAUAUCUAUUGCGGCAUCUUCAGGGGAUUGUUGAUUGGACACCUACACCUCUCUGACGGUUUCCGCAAGCACCCUUCUGCCAUUUGCGACCCGAAAACACAAGCCAGCUUUUACUGCGAAUUGGUUGAAAGCUGAACCGAGGCAUCUUUAAGCGUAUCGUCUGCAUACUAAACAUCUCACUUCUCGUGUGCGCUGAAUUCCAAGACAACAGAAAUUUCUAUCCUGACUGUUGUCAAGAUCCGAACCCUCGCUGCGCUUUUUCUCCAGCAACGACAAGCCUAGAUCUCCGACAGGGGAAUUGUGACAACAGACAAGAUGACUUCGGUUCAACUCCCACCGUUCAACAGCACGCCAGUCGAGCAGAUCCCUUCCAUCGUCUCUCGGCUGCGAAACACAUUCUUCUCUCAGAAGACCCGUCCUGCUGAGUUCCGCAUCAAGCAGCUGCGCAAGCUCUACUGGGCAAUUGCGGACCACGAGAAAGAGCUCUUGGAGGCGCUAUCGCGAGAUUUGGGUAAAAGCUCUUUCGAAGCCUUCACUGGGGAGAUCAACUGGACCCAAAAUGAUAUCGUAUUCACGACUCAAAAUCUAGAAAAAUGGAUGAAAGAUGAGAAGCCUGCCGACAUUGCCUUCUCGAACCGACUGGUCAACCCCAGAAUCCGAAAGGAUCCCCUAGGUGUGGUCCUUGUGAUCGGCGCCUUCAACUUCCCCGUGAAUUUGUCCUUUGGCCCCAUGAUUGGAGCCAUUGCGGCAGGAAAUACUGUCGUUUUGAAGCCCUCCGAGCAGUCGCCCAACAGUGCUGCAGUCAUGCAAAAAAUCAUCGAGACGGCACUUGAUCCUGACUGUUAUGCUUGCGUUCAGGGUGCGAUCCCUGAAACUUCAGCCUUGCUGGAGCAGAAGUGGGACAAAAUCUUCUUUACUGGCUCUGCCCGCACAGCCAAGGUCAUUGCGCAGGCAGCGGCAAAAAAUCUGACUCCAGUUGCUCUCGAGUUGGGUGGACGGAAUCCUGCAAUUGUGACCAAGAAGGCAGAUAUGCGCUUGGUGGCUCGACGGCUGCUGUGGUCCAAGACCAUGAACGCAGGUCAGGUUUGUAUCAGCCAAAACUGCAUCCUGGCGGAUAGGGAAGUCGUCCCGACUCUGAUCGCAGAGCUGAAGGCGGCUAUCAAAGAAUUCUUCCCGGAGGGCGCUAAGAAGAGCGCCGACUACGCCAGGAUAGUCAACCUCAACUCAUUCAAUCGCAUCAAGAAGAUGCUCGAUAACACUUCGGGCAGAAUUGUGAUUGGCGGAACCAUGGAUGCGGACCAGCUCUUCAUUGAGCCGACUGUUAUCGAAGUCGCAGAUCCCAAGGACUCACUGCUGGUAGAAGAGUCUUUUGGCCCUCUUAUCCCCAUAUUGCCCGUCGACAACCUGGAUCAAGCCAUCAGUAUUGCCAAUGAGCUCCAUGAGACCCCAUUGGGCGUGUACGCCUUUGGAUCCAAGGCCGAGACCGAUAGAGUCUUAGCCAGCACACGGUCUGGUGGUGCGAGCAUCAACGAUGGCUUCUUCCACGGCAUCAUACCGAACUUACCCUUCGGUGGUGUGGGCGACUCGGGCACUGGAGCCUAUCGCGGCAAAGCUUCCUUCGACUGCUUUACGCAUCAACGAUCAGUCACCUAUACACCGAGCUGGAUGGAAAGUUUGUUGGCUGUGAGAUACCCUCCUUUUGCCGGAACUGGCAAGCUGGCCCAAUUCAAUAAGAUGGGACUUCUCAAGCCAGACUUUGAUCGAAACGGCAAUCGGAAGAUAGGGGUCAUGUGGUACCUGCUCACGCUGGGGGCUGGGAGUGUAACGGGAGGUGCAUUUCGAGCAGCCUUGAUAGCGGGCAUCUGCUUCGCCUUGAAGGCGUUUAUGGAUGGGAAAUCACUACCAGGCAGCAAAUAAGGGCGGGAUUUCUGAGAUAUUCCCAUCGCAGCGGCACGGCUCGGAUAAUCAUCAGGAGAUAGCAACACACGGAGGAGACAGAUCUGACUCCAUUCUAUAUGCAUGGCACAGUAAUACUUACGAGAAGCCUCCUUGUCAGCCGGGACGGUUCGACGGUGAACUUGAUAGUGUGGGGAGGCGCGUUGAUCAGGCUGACCCGUUGGCAAGGCUGGCCCUUGCCUUGCGGCAUGUGUACG